GAGUGCGCUGCGCUGUAGACGGCGGCGGGACUCCAGUUGGCUGUGUGCGCUCAGACGCAGCAGCAGCAGCAGCAGCAGCAGCAGCAGCAUCCUACUGGCCGGACGCGGAGAGGACGCACGCUUCACACCGCAGCUCUUGGCCCCCUGUGUCCCGCAGCUCUUGAUCGGACCACCCCGCACGGGAGGGGGAAAAAUAACGAAAUAACGCAGGAAAAAAAGCGCUUCUGCUGCGUAUACUAAAAAGUGAGACAAGCUUGAUCUUGACUGGACACUUUUUUUUUCUCUUUGUUUGAUUGGUUUCCUUUCUGAAGGGGAUUAUUGUUCGCAUGAGGCGAGCUGGGAUCUGUUGUCCACAGCGGAGCGCACGGCGCGUCUUUUCCAUGGAUCUCUAUACAGCGGGAGUACUCUGGGAAUUAAACGACUGUUGAGUCGCUUUUGAGUUCGUUUACUUCUGUUCCGACUUGGGCUGUUGUUCAACGCGCAGAGGGAAACCAUGCUCUUCGCUCUGCUAUACGUUCUGCCUCUUUUGGAUGUGUUGACCCACGCGGAGGAGAACCUGCGCGCCGGCGCGUCUCGGCUGGACUGCGUGCGGGCCAGCGAUCAGUGUCUGCGGGAGCAGGCGUGCAGCUCCAAGUACCGCACGAUGAGGCAAUGCGUGGCCGGCGGCAAGGAGAGCAACUUUAGCCUGGUGGCCGGCGUGGAGGCCAGGGACGAGUGCCGCAGCGCGAUGGAGGCGCUCAAGCAGAGCCCGCUGUACAACUGCCGGUGCAAGAGGGGCAUGAAGAAGGAGAAGAACUGCCUGCGCAUUUACUGGGGGAUCUAUCAGUCGUUACAAGGUAACGACUUCUUGGAGGAGUCUCCGUACGAGCCGGUGAACAAACGUCUGUCGGACAUCUUCCGCCUGGCUCCCAUCCUGGAGGAUGGGGAACCGUGGAGCAGCUCUGCCACUUCAGCUCCAGGCAGGGGGGCUGCCGGGGGCAUAGUGUCCCAGGGAAGAGAGGCUGUUCUGGGCCGAGGGAGCCCCUCCUCGACGGAGCUUCAGGACCCCAGUAGAAACAGGAGAGCUCAUCCAAAUUGGGCCAUACUGGGUGAGCCGGCGGUGGCCCGAGAGAACAACUGCCUGACAGCCGCUAAAGCCUGCAACCUCAACGACACGUGCAAGAAGUACCGGUCGGCCUACAUCAGCCCCUGCACCAGUCGCGUCUCCACUGCCGAAAUCUGCAACAAAAGGAAGUGCCACAAGGCCCUGCGUCAGUUCUUUGACAAGGUUCCUCCAAAGCACAGCUACGGCAUGCUGUUCUGCUCAUGCCCUGUCAGCGACCAGACAGCAUGCUCUGAACGCAGGCGUCAAACCAUUGUCCCUGUCUGCUCGUACGAGGAAAAGCAGACGCCAAACUGCCUGGAACUGCAGGCCUCCUGCAAGACCAACUACAUCUGCAGGUCCCGACUGGCUGACUUCUUUGUUAACUGCAUGUCAGAGCCUCGCUCGCUGUCAGGCUGUCUGAAGGAGAACUACGCUGACUGCCUCCUGGCUUACUCUGGCCUUAUUGGCACCGUGAUGACCCCCAACUACCUGCGCUCCCCCAAAAUCAGCGUCUCUCCCUACUGCGACUGCAGCAACAGCGGCAACAACAAAGACAACUGCGACAAGUUCACUGAGUUUUUCACAGAGAACACCUGCCUCCGUACGUUUUCCCUCCUUCUCAAACUGCCAUUCACUUGUAUUCAGUUUUAAACCUGACUGUCGCUU